GCAGCGGCUGAGUUGUCAAAAAGUUGGCAUUUGUUCCAUCUGUUUUAUUUAGCGGAAUCUAUUUUCAUAACAUAAACGUCGAUUAUUUUAUUACCGAGUGAGUUUCAACGAAACCAAAUUACAAGUUAAUUCACUUCAUGCCAAAUGUAUCCAUUAAAAAACAGUAAUUGUUUAUGUGUCUGCUAAAAUUUGGAUGGAAGUCUCUAACUGGAGUCGAGGAGGGAUGUUGUGAAUGGAGUUACAUGGUGACAUAAUGGUGUAAUCGUUUGUGGUACUUUCGAAAAAUUUGAUCAAUCAUGGACGAGAUGACGGAUUCGCCAAUAAAGACGAGCCCCACUGGCGUGGUCGAGGGUCUACCGGAGAAUGAGACCGACUACUCUAGCAUUAGGGGAAAGAUGGUGUUAGUGAGCCCGACGGCAGAUGAGUUUGAUCUGCUCCGCAAACAACUGGAUGAACGGCUGGAGAGUGGCAAUGGAGAAAUUAUAUAUGACAUCGGACAAGGAGAGGACGGGCGAGGGCUGACAGAAGACGAGUACAAGGCCUCAGUAGCAACGCUACAGUCGCUGGUCAGCGAGCGGGUCUCCUGCGUGGAGCUGCGCCGCUGGGACUGCGGAGGCGGCCUGUGCGGCCAGUACCUGCUGCGGACACAGCUCGACCACACCGACUUUAUGGAGAUCAGAGUAGCGGUAGUAGGCAACGUGGACGCGGGCAAGUCGACGCUGCUAGGGGUACUGACGCACGGCGAGCUGGACAACGGGCGAGGGUACGCGCGGCAGAGGCUCUUCCGGCACAAGCACGAGAUGGAGUCAGGGCGCACCAGCUCCGUGGGGAACGAUAUCCUCGGCUUCGAUAGCAUGGGCAACGUGGUGAACAAGCCGGACCACGGCACGCUGGACUGGGUGAAGAUCUGCGAGAAGUCCUCCAAGGUGAUCACGUUCAUCGACCUGGCGGGGCACGAGCGUUACCUCAAGACUACUGUCUUCGGCAUGACUGGACACGCGCCUGACUUCGGGAUGCUAAUGAUCGGGGCGAACGCGGGCAUUGUGGGCAUGACUAAGGAGCACCUGGGGCUGGCGCUGGCGCUGUCGGUGCCCGUGUUCGUGGUCGUCACCAAGAUUGACAUGUGCCCGCCCAAUGUGCUACAGGACAACCUGAAGCUGCUGAUCAGGAUCCUGAAGUCCUCGGGCUGCCGCAAGGUGCCCGUCAUGGUCAAGAACAAGGAUGACGUCAUCGUUAGCGCCACCAACUUCGUCAGCCAAAGGCUAUGUCCAAUAUUCCAAGUGUCGAACGUGACGGGUGAAAACCUGGAGCUGCUGACGAUGUUCCUCAACCUGCUGAAGACGCGCAUGCCGGCCCAGGACGACAAGCCCGCAGAGUUCCAGAUCGAUGACACCUACUCCGUACCUGGUGUGGGCACAGUGGUGUCAGGCACGACGCUGGCCGGCGUGAUCCACGCGAACGAGACGCUGCUGCUGGGGCCCGACCCGCUGGGCCGCUUCCACCCCGUCACCGUCAAGAGCAUCCACCGCAAGCGCAUGCCCGUGCCCGAGGUGAGGGGAGGGCAGACCGCCAGCUUCGCGCUCAAGAAGAUCAAGCGUUCAGCGAUCCGCAAGGGCAUGGUGAUGGUGUCCCCGGCGCUGAACCCGCAGGCCUGCUGGCAGUUCGAGGGGGAGAUCCUCGUGCUGCACCACCCCACCACCAUAUCCUCGCGCUACCAGGCCAUGGUACACUGCGGCAGUAUCCGCCAGACGGCGUCGAUCAUGUCCAUGUCCCGCGACUGCCUGCGCACGGGCGACAAGGCGCUCGUGCGCUUCCGGUUCAUCAAGCACCCCGAGUACCUCAGGAGGGGGCAGAGGAUGGUGUUCCGCGAGGGCCGCACCAAGGCCGUGGGCAACGUGCUGCGGCCCGAGCCGGCCAGCGCCGCGCCCAAGCACAAGCCCGCGCCGCGGGCGCCGCCCCGCGCCCUCGACGCAGGCGCCGCGCCCGCCGGCCCCGGACACAUGGAGAACGAGGUGUCGGUGACGGCCACGGACUCCCCGUUCGAGGUGCAGCCCGACAAGCGCGCGGCCGGCCGCCGCGCCCGCCGCCGCCACGAGCCGCACGCGCCGCACGCGCAGCACGCGCCGCACGCGCCGCCCGACGCGCCUGCGCGCCUCGCCAACUAG